CAGCAAGGGGGCGCGACUGACGUGCGGCCGGCGUUUCCGGGAAGAUGGCGACGGUGGAAGUGGCCACAGAGCUGGGAACUGUGGCGACCGUCUUCGGGCCAAAGUCGAAGGACGAAGAAGAAGAGGAGGAAGAGGAGGAGGAGGAGUCGCUGCCACCAUGCGAGACUGUGCGCUGGACCCCCGUGGGCGCAGUGGCCGAGGCCGGUCCUGGGGCAGCCUCCUCGGAGGAGGCGGCAGCCGAGGAGCCUGGAGCGGCUCCGAGCUCUCCUCCCGACGCGACCAUCCGCACGCUGAGGCGGCUGCAAGCCGAGCGUCGGCAGCUGGACUCAGCCCUGCUCGCGCUGUCCUCGCACUUCGCGCAGGUGCAGUUCCGCCUGCGCCAGGUAGUGCGCGGGGCGCCCGCGGAGCAGCAGCGUCUCCUGCGGGAGCUCGAAGACUUUGCCUUCCGCGGCUGUCCUCACGUCCUGGGUUACGAGGGGCUGGAAGACCCCUGCGGCGGUGGCGGCGACGGCGAAGGAGAUGAUGGGCUGCCGGAGGACCGGCCACGGGUGCGCGGCGAGGACCAGAGUGAGCAGGAGAAAAGGGAGCGCCUGGAGAGCCAGAGGGAGAAGCAGAGGGAGCUGAUCCUGCAGCUCAAGACCCAGCUGGAUGACCUGGAGACAUUCGCCUAUCAGGAGGGCAGCUACGACUCCCUGCCACAGUCCGUGCUCUUGGAAAGACAGCGGGUGAUCAUCGAUGAGUUAAUAAAGAAACUGGACAUGAAUCUGAAUGAGGACAUCAGUUCCCUGUCCACCGAGGAGCUUCGUCAGCGUGUGGACUCAGCAGUGGCUCAGAUUGUCAACCCAGCUCGGGUGAAAGAACAGCUGGUCGAGCAGCUGAAAACCCAGAUCCGGGACCUUGAGAUGUUCAUCAGCUUCAUCCAAGAUGAAGUUGGAAGCCCCUUGCAGACGGGUGGACACUGUGACUGCAAGGCCAGCGGGAAGGCAGGAAAUGGCUCCACCAGAAUGGGCAACAGCACAAUGUCCCCAGGAACCAGCAAAACCAAGGCAGAAGACGCGAAGAGAGUUCGGGAGACAGGGCUCCACCUGAUGCGGCGAGCGCUGGCGGUGCUCCAGAUAUUCGCGGUUAGCCAGCUGGGCUGUGCCACAGGCCAGAUCCCUCAAACCUUAUGGCAGAGGGGCCAAGCAGACAGAGACUACUCCCCCUUAUUGAAAAGGCUGGAAGUAUCAGUUGACAGAGUAAAGCAGCUAGCCUUGAGACAACAGCCACAUGACCAUGUCAUCACUUCGGCCAACCUCCAGGACCUCUCUCUGGGAGGCAAGGAUGAGCUGACCAUGGCUGUGCGGAAGGAGCUGACAGUGGCAGUGAGGGACCUGCUGGCCCAUGGACUGUAUGCCUCGUCCUCUGGGAUGAGCCUCGUCAUGGCCCCCAUUGCUUGUUUGCUGCCAGCCUUCUCCUCGGCCCCUGAGACCAUGCACCCCUGGGAGCUCUUUGUAAAGUACUAUCAUGCCAAGAAUGGCCGCGCCUAUGUGGAAUCCCCAGCCCGGAAGCUCUCACAGUCUUUCGCCCUGCCCAUAAUGGGUGGCACUGCUGUGACCCCUAAACAGAGUCUUCUGACAGCCAUCCACCUGGUGCUGACAGAGCACGACCCUUUCAAGCGCAGCGCUGACUCGGAGCUGAAGGCGUUGGUGUGCAUGGCGCUGAAUGAGCAGCGCCUGGUGUCCUGGGUAAACCUCAUCUGCAAGUCAGGGUCCCUCAUCGAACCCCAUUACCAGCCCUGGAGCUACAUGGCCCACACAGGUUUCGAGAGCGCCCUCAACUUGCUCAGCCGCCUCAGCAGCCUCAAGUUCAGCCUUCCUGUGGACUUGGCCGUGCGCCAGCUCAAGAACAUCAAAGAUGCCUUUUGAUGAGAGUGCCUACCUUA